AUGAACAAUAAGGAUUGUGAACAGUAUCAUAAUUUUGACAAUGAUUCACUUUCAUUUGAAAAUAAUACUUUAACAAGAACAAGUCCAACUAGAACAUCAAAUUAUGCAAAAAAUUUACUUGCUAAACUCUCUUUAAUGCGUCGUAAUGUUGAAUUAUGUGAUUUUCGUAUUGAUAUUAAUAAUAAAUCCUUUUUAUGUCAUAAAUUUUUAUUAAUUGCAACAUCAGAUUAUUUUAAAGCAAUGUUUAAUGGUGAUAUGAGUGAAAGUCAAUCAGAUCAUGUUGAAUUAAAAGGUUUUGAUAAAUCAUCAAUUGGUGUUGAAUCAAUGAUUGAUUUUUGUUACUCAGGUUUACUUGAUAUCACAUUUAAUAAUAUCGAUGAAUUAUUACAUGCAGCAACACAUUUACAAAUUAAUCAUGCUAUUGAUUUAUGUUCAAAAUUUCUUAUUGAAUCUUGUACAAUAAAUAAUUGUAUUGAUAUAUAUAAAAUAGCUGAUCUAUAUUCAUUAUCAAAUGUCUUAGAUAUAAUACGUUUAUUUAUAUCAAAAAAUUUUCUUUCAUUAAUGUUUCAAGCACGUGAACAAUUCGAACAAUUAACAUUUGAACAAAUAUGUCAAGAAUUAUCCAAUGAUACAUUAGAAAUGAAUAAUUAUAGUGAAUAUGAUUUAUUUACUAUGACAUGUACAUGGAUUGAAGUCAAUCGUAAUGAAAGAGAAAAGUAUGCUAUUGAAUUAUUUCAACUUAUUCGUUUUAUGUUAAUGACACCUGAAGAAUUAUGCGAUUGUGUACGAAAAAAUGAAUUAAUUAAUUUAAAUGAACAAACAAGAAAAUUAGUUGAAGAUGCAUUAUGUUAUUAUGCUUUACCUAAUCGACAACCUUUAUUAAAUAAUAUACAAUGUCGAAUAAGAAGUGAACCAGUAUUAGUUGCUGUUGGAGAAGUUGAAUUAUAUACAAUGAAUUCAACAUUAGAUGGAUGGGAUACAAUUUGUCAAGCACCAUUAGAAGAAAAUUAUCCGUAUCCAUUUAGUGCAAUAACUGUAAAUAAUUAUUUGUAUGUACUUGGAACACGUCGAUCAUCAUCCGAGGAAUAUAAAUCAUGUUAUCGUUUCUCACCACGUAAAUGUGAAUGGACUAAAUUACAGAAUCUAUUACGUGAUCGAUCACGUUUUGCUGCUGUUCAUAUAGAUAAAUAUAUUUAUAUUAUGGGUGGAUUCGAAGGAUUUAAACGAACAACACGUAUUUAUUUAAAUACAAUUGAACGAUAUUCUAUUGAAAAUGAUCAAUGGGAAUCAUUUUCAGUAGAUGGUCCACAACUUUCAUCACUUGCUGCAUGUGCAUAUGAAAAUUCAAUUUAUUUGGGUGGUGGGAAAAACGGACAAUGGUCGAAAAUUGCUGAUUUUUAUUGUUUUUCAAUUGAUAAACGUCAAUUAGAACGACGUGCAUCAAUGUUAAAUGCUCGUACAACUCAUGCUUUUCAUUUAUUUGAUGAUAAAAUUCUUGCUAUUGGCGGUUUUGAUGAUGAUGGAAAUGGAAUGUUAUCAAUUGAAACAUAUGAUAUUCAUUGUGAUCAAUGGACAAUAUUAACCUUAAUACCUGGUGCUAUAUCAAAAACAUGGCCACAAUCACUUGGUACUGUUAGUCGACGAAUUUAUAUCUCAGUUUUUCAUACAUCAAAUUCUUUUAUGGUUAUGCAAGAAGGAUAUUUUUUUGAUUUGGAUACACAACAAUGGAUAAAAGCUCCUGUUGUCUAUGAACGUGCUCGAUAUUCUCCAACAGUUCAACUUCGAUUUCCUCAAAACUUUAUUAAAUCUGCUCAACCAACAACUGUCUCAUCGCUAUCAUCCUGA